AUGUCUGCCUCCUUGAGAUUCACCCGAAGGGUGUGGAAAUCAUUCAUAGACAACAAAGGGCAUGAUGCGCAAUGUUUUCCGAAUGCAAGGCUUGUUAUUCACCGCGCAGUCCCCGGAACGGUUGAUUUUUCGCUGAAGAUAGAACAAUCUAAUUUGAACAGAGUGGGGACCGUGCACGGCGGCCUGAUCCUGUCGCUGACUGAUACCCUUGGCUCGCUCGCUGUUGCGAGCAAAGGUCACUAUAUGACCGGCGUUUCGACUGAUAUUGGUGCAUCCUUUAUACGACCUGCAGGCAGGCCAGGCGAUACCCUCCAUGCACGAGCCACACUUACUGCCAUGGGGAAAUCAUUGGCUUAUACUCGCGUCGACUUUACUAAUCCUGCAGGCGAUUUAGUGGCGUAUGGAUAUCACACGAAAUAUAUUGGGAAAUCGUCGUCUGACCCUAAUAACGUGAAGUUUUCGGAAGAUGGCGAGCAAGUAAUAGAAGGGAACGACGUUGACUAA